AGACAUAUUCCUGUAUACCUUUCACUCUGAUCCCAGCAGUUCUCAGGAAUGGUUGGCAGUUCAGGGACGCUGUAGGAGCUGGUGUGAAGGUUCUGAGCUGUCCUUCUCGACACGAUCCAGACAAGCUUCUUAUUGUUGGGUUUGCUACAUUCAGGGGAAGAGUAGUCGGACAUACACUUGGCCACUAGUCCCUUCCAGUGUAGCAGCUCAACGUCAGUGAUCUGUAAAAGACGACCAGGGCAUCAUAACAUUGAACACCAGGUUACAUAAUAGACUGGGUCAGCAGAAACCUUUGGGAUGGAUUCCAGACGUUGUAAAAGGAUAGCGGCCGGGAACUUGAGGCCGGGGAAUGUGAAAGGGCCCUUUAAAAAAAAAAUGUCUUUCCAUAACCGUGCCAGUUGUCAUAUGAAACCUUCUGGACUAGGGUUGUGGGCAUACAAUAUUCAGAGAUGGUUCCAGGGAGAAAUAGGUUUCUUUUGUGUGUAACAAAGGAUUACAUCAUUGCUAUGUGAUAAAGCUUCAAGGAUUUUCUAAUAAGUGUAUAAUGUGUUUACCUUGAGAUGUCUCUGAACAUGAUGUGCUAUUUCUAACAUAUCAACAGACUGCAUGGCUUCAAUCUCCUGAGUGAAGAGUGACAGGGCCAAGACUGACGGCUGGAAGAGAAGAGACAAAAUGCAUCAAAUUAGACUGCAGCUGCCAAGAGGUCUCCUGUAAUAUGUAACAUCUUAUGGACUCUCUGGGGUAAAUCGUUACUUUAGCUUUGGAGAACGCGAUCCGGCAGAGACAGGCUUUGAGCUGGACCUCUAGUGUGUCGAGGUUCAGGGCCUCCUUCCUGUAAAGGUUAAAAUACUUAUAAGAACCAAUCUGGGUGUGAAAACAAGGUGUUAAGGCUAUCUGUUACAUAAUUGAGUUUGUUCGGGUGGAAUGGACACAUGCUAUUUGAUCAUGUCCAGUGAGAAUAGUUAAAACCAUCCGUCCUACUUUCAGUCAGGACUAAUAAGUACAUGUCUAGUUGUCCAAGUGAAUUAUGUCACACUAUUACCAUCUUCCAAAUGAGGUUGAUUGCUAGGUGAAUUGUAAUAUCUUUUUAUAAUGGGUUCUUACAGGUCUGAGGUAUGGGCGCUUGUGAUUCCGUGGUAUAGGUGCAAAAACGUUAAGGCUGUGAUGGUUUUGAGUUGGAAGUUGAGUUUCUCUGAAAUGAUCUUCUCCAUGCGAGUGAGGUCCGAGACCGUAAACUUGCACUGGCUGAUACGAAUAAGUUCAUUGGUGGAAGACACGUUACACUCCUCUUCGACUGCUUUGGCUGCGAUGUGGAGGCAGCUGAUGCCGAUGCAGGCUAGAUGUUUGGGUUGGACCUGAAGAGAGACACACACAAUAGCUUGGAAUUAGUGGAAAUAGGGACAGGCUAUUAUUACUCACUGAAACUCCCUUUUUAUUUGUAGUUUGUCUAAAGCACAUUAUUGCUUUGUCAUCAAAAGAAAUGGAGAACACAUGUCAACCUAAUGUUGCUAAUUAGCUUUAGAGUACUUGAAAUUACUAAAAUGUGCUCUUGAUUGGGUCUUCAUCUUACCUUCAUCAUGGCCAGGAAUCGAUCCAACAGGUUGACUGCCAGAACGAAAGUCUGUGUACUGUACCCAAAGAAACUAGUCAGGCUCCAGAGGUCCUCCACUUUGGUGUCCCGACAUUUAGCUGAUAUACCCCUGCUGUCAUUCUGUAAUUAAUAAGAUCAAGAUAAAAUAUUAUUUCUUUACAGUAAGAUUUUAGGCAUUUAGUGUGUAUUAGUGUAAUGUGUUUAUGGACCAAUUUGUUUCACCAUAAUGUUUAGGGAUUCAUAUCGAUCACGUGAACAAUAUUUAUAUUUAGCUACUGUACUGCAGACUACCUCUCCAGUCGAUUCGAUUAAGCGGAGUCCUGUUUCCUUCGGAAGAUAAUAACUCUCCUGUUCAAAAUUGGCUAUCAGCUCCCUCAUAAGUUUCACAGUUUCCAUGUCUGGACUCGUUUACAGCAAUCUGAAUGUCUUUCACUGUAAAACAAGACGGAGUGUAAUGUUAGUAAAUGUUUGUCCGCCCUACAUUUGUUCACCCGGUCAAGGUUUGCCCAACCCUGGCCUCAGCUGGGAUUCGGUGUCAGAUUUCUUAGGUUAACGCCUACUUAAUCACAACACAAAACGAAUCUAAUUGGAAUUUUUCCAGUGUAAAGUCGUAAAUAUGAUCACAAAUGUCGUGAGAUACUCAGACAUUUACAUCAAAAACAAGCUUGAAACCAUUAGCUAUGCUUCAAAUCGUCGACGAGCGGGGGAAGGGGGUCGGAUUCUUGUUCUUGCCUAGGAAGCAGUGCAUUAGCUGGUAGCUGUAUCCAGUGAGGAGGGAGGCGUAUCCAAGGGUGAAUAUGAAGUUUGCCGAACCCUUGGAAAGCCAGAGGCUGUCUUUUCUUCUGGAAAAAGCCGCCUCUAGGGAAGCCCUGAUGUGGAAGGUGUACGUGCCCAAAAAGCCAUCUCCCGGCAGUCAGGAUACAGACAUCUCCCCUGCCCAGCGUGAUGAGACUGUGUGCUGGCUCAUUGACCUCCACAGUGACACCAAGCUCUAUCCAGAGACCCUCUCCCUAGCCAUCAGUAUUUUGGACAGGUUUUUAGGCACUAUAAAGGCCCGUCCAAAGUACCUCCGCUGCAUCGCCAUCGCCUGUUACUUCCUGGCUGCCAAAACCAGCGAGGAGGACGAGCGUGUGCCGUUGCUGUGUGACUUGGCCAGCAGCAGCAGAUGUGGCUGCUCCCCAUCAGAGAUACUAAGAAUGGAGAGGAUCAUUCUGGAUAAACUUAACUGGGACCUGCACGCUGCCACACCGCUGGAAUUUCUACACAUUUUCCAUGCCAUGGUGCUGUCCUGCAAGCCACGGUUCAUGGUGGGUCUGGUGGGGUGUAAUCCGUCGCAGCACCUGUCGGUGUUGACCCAGCAGCUGCACUACUGCCUGGCCGACAGCGCCCUGCUACAGCCCCUCUCCCGGGGAGUCAUGCUGGCGCUGGCCCUCUUCACCCUGGAGCUGGAGAAUAUCUGCCCUGACUGGCUGGCUCUCACGAUCAACCUGCUCAGAAAAACACAGAUUGACAGUUCUCAGCUGAUCCGAUGUCGAGAGCUGGUGUCACGUCACCUGUCCACACAGGAAGCUUCCCUGCCUCCCAACACUGUGUACAUCUACCAGUCCCUACACCACAGUCUGGACCCGGAUCCCUGCACCCGGGGAAGAGAGUCCAACACCAGGCUCCCCUCCCCGGACACAGACCCACCGGCGCCAUUCACGGCCCCUAGGGACAGGAGCCUCUCCUGGGUCUCCUCUACCACCCUGCUCCAGGUCCAUGGACCAGCCAAACCCAGCCACCACUCCCACCAAGUCUCCCUGCGCUGCAAGCAGUCAGCCAAGCGCAAGGUGGAGGAGAUGGAGGUCGACGAAUUCUACGAGGGGAUCAAACGACUCUACAACGAAGAGAACGGGGGCGCUCCGGAAGGGACGGCGGUAACGGGUGAGGAGCCUCUAGAGGAGAGUCCUGUCCUGUUGGUCAGGCGGGAUGGCCACACCUCCCCCUGCCCCCCUCUCCAACCCGUCGGUGUCUCAUAGAGAAGAAGAGGAUGAAACCAAGGCCUUCUCUUCCUCUCUACCUGAGCUGCAAGGAAAAUACGUCUCAGUAUUCAAUCUGUCAUGGCAUUUAUCCACCAACCCCAGGCCUCGAUUGAGCACAAAAAAGUCACCAAAAAAAUAUGCUAUUUCAUAACUAUUUGUUGAGCACAAAUAUAAAAGGAUAAAAAAAUAUAUAAUAUAAUGAUAUAGAUAAAGGAAUAAUCUUGUCCUUCAAAAAAGAGGUCAAAUUACUACUUCUCCCUGUGAGUCUCUGUGAUGAUAUUUCUCUAAUGUAAGGUCGUGUCAUCUUAUUUCUGUUGUUGACCCUAACUAAUCUAAGUUUCAAUCAGUAUAUUUAUUUUCUUUACCUUCCUCUAUUUCCUGAAGAAGAAAAAACUCAUUCUCAGCAUGUUGUCUUUAACCCCUCACAAAACAUGUCACUUUAGAGUUUGACUGUAAAAGCGUGUAGAACUAUGUUAACCUGAAGUACUGAAUGGUUGUUUCUAAGGGCUUAUUACGUUUUAAUAAUCUAAAUAUCCCCUUUCCAUAACUUUCCUGUCUUUGUCCCGUCACAGUGUGCUGUAGUAGUUUAACCAAAGAACGAACGUUACAAGCUACUGUCAUUAAUGAUGAUGCAUAAGUGAAUCAAUUUACCCAAUGAAGCAAUAUGUUUUAAGAUAAACAGCUUUGUUAAAAAGAGGGAUUUGUCCGAAGUGGCACCCUAUACCCUACAUAGUGCACUACUUUUUAUUAUAGGUCUAUGGGGGGGAAUAAGGUGACAUUUCAGAUCCAAUCAAGAAGAGGGUUUGAAGAUGUAGCUACCAUAAUUCACCUUAUCUUUGCUGUUCAGAAACAACAUGCUGUUUUUUGUUUAUUUGCCAAAAGGCUCUUGCUCUGGGGUGCUGGUAACUGCCGAUGUACUGCUGACAACUUGUGGCACCAAUAAAAACAAGUGAAAUAAUC